CCCUCUUCCUUGAGGCAAUUCGUCCGUGAGCUAUCGAUUGCACUAGUAAACAACGAAAGCAGCCCCACAAAUAGAGGACAAGUUACACUACGAAUAUCAAGAGCAGUUACCAUGAACUUCAUGUUAGAAGAACUGAUAUCAGUUGGUCAGGUCGUGUUCCUCUGCCUUCUGCAGUUUGGUGCGUUUCUUGUUGGAAAAGCAAUAUGGCAAAAGAAUGCUUCAAAUUUGCCUCCGGGACCUUGGGGUAUUCCAAUAAUAGGUGAGACUUUUCAAACCCAUUUCCGUGCUUUUAGUUCGUCUAGAUAUUUCAAAACGUGCGUACACCCAUCUAUGCAGUUUUAGGAGUUCGGUAGGUAAGGCCAGUUCCUGUUUGACCAAAAAGAAAAAAAAAUUAUCAAACUGACCAGAGGUGUUCAAAUGUCUCGUGAACUUUGAGUAUGACAGGAUUAUUUGUUAAGGACUUCACUUUUCCUAUCACUCCCAGAGAGGAAGGUAACAUCUACGAUAUUAAUAUAAAGUUUAUCCGACAAAACUGUGAUGGGGGUAAAAAUAAACUUCCUUCUCUCAUCAUAAUCGAUGAGGCUCAUUUACUAGAAGAUGUUGACUUGAUAUAGCCACCCAGAGUUCUCUCCACUGGCUAAUUUAAAAGGAGAUGUAUGGCAGCCAAUAGGAAGAGUUAUGGAUGAGAUUUUUUAGAGUGUUCUUUCUUAAGCAGGUGCGAAAUCAAUUAGCAGCGAGACUAAACCCUUGUUGUAUGGGCUUAUUCUAAAGUAACAUAAUUACCGGUCUAGAACGUUCUCCUAUUUUAUUAGAUGUAAUAUUGUACAUUUCAUUUGUCUUUAUUAGAUCGGGAAUAUAAUCAAUACGAUUAAGCAGUUUUUGAGGUAUCUACGAAGCCUUCUCGGCAGUCUUCGCGUGCGAUCGAAGUGAACGUUGCGUAUUUUUAGCCGCUUAUUAAUAGCUUAUAUAAAUGGAUGUUGAUGAAGCAUCGUAAUAUAAAAACCAUUAUUUUCCAUAACUUUAAAAUACCUUUGUAUCCAAAAUCAUUUUUGUGCGUUACUUUUUCAUUUCUGCAGGUUUACUGACAGUGAAAUGUGUUGAUUAUUUGCUAAGGAGGUGUACGUGACGUGAAAUUCGAUUAAGUUAGCAUCUGACUUUCCUAAUGACUUUCGUACUGAAAAUGACUUGUAGCCACUUGAUGAUAUAUACUGAUCAGUUAAGCGGGAAAAAUAACGAAGUUGGAGAAGUUAUUUGGUUAUUUAUCUUGGCGUGCUUUAGUUACACCUUUUGAUGUUUAAAAUACUGACUGCACCAUGUUCUGUAGACAUUGUUUACACGAUAUCUAUCAAUUGGUGACCUUCUGUAACUCUGGAAACACGGCAUAUGCCUUUAACAAGGAGAUAAAUUUUAACGCGUAGCUAAGAAGCGAACUCAGUUGAACUAUCAAAACCCAUAUUCUUUUGAUGAGCGUUUGCUAAAUAUAAAACGUCAAAGGAAAAUGCAAGGGCUUCGCCAUAACUCGGUUGAAAACCAGAUACCGCCUAAAUGGGGAUCAAUCAACCGUUUUCAACGUCUGCUCCUGCUAAAAACAUAAACCACGCGCAAACCGCAAGUCGGUGACCUUCUCCUUGGUAAACAGCAAAUCAAAACCUUAUCAUAAAUGAAACGUCAAAUAAGUCUCGUAAUGUUUGCACAAUCCAAUAUCGUGUUAAACGAUCAUAUAUACAAUCAGCUAAGUAGUCAGUAGCUGAUCAACGUCACCAGGGAUGGCAUUUCAGUUCCAACCUGCUUAAACUUCUUAAUAAUGUUUGGAGACCACUACUGUUAAGCUUUUCGUCUGACCCUGAUUGUGUCCAAAAAUUAUUUUGGCUGCUAAUUUCAGGAUCGAAGCACGUGCUUUGACAAAAAUAAAACAAAGUAGCAGCCCAAAAUACAGUGACCUUGCUUUGUUUCAGUGCGAUUCAUAUCCCAUGACUAUCAUGGAUUUCAUAUCGCAGUAAAGCCGACAACAUGGGCAGAUGUUUCAUACCACUGAGCUAACAUAAAGGCGAGAAGACUGUGCAGCAUGUAUGUAUAAACUUAAAUAAGCAGUAAAUUGUCAGUCCGAGUGUUGGCAACUUUCUUCAGGGAAGGUAGAUAUCGAGGUUAGUGACCAGUUUAGAGAUGUAUUUCACCUAAUCAUAUCCUUGAUUGGUGAAAAGAGUAAAUAACAUCAUAUGACAUUGAAAUACUCUAGAAAUCUGACACAGCCGAAAUCUAUACCCUGAAUUUAUUUGAGCUUGGCUGAAAAUCUUUUUUCAGGGAUCGUUUGCCACGUUCAAACCCAGCAGAUCUUUUCUAGCUCGUUUGCCGAAUUGUAAAUACAUAUCAAGCUGUUUCCUAUCCCAACGAGCAAGCUGCAAGCUACUAGAUUUCUCCUGGGAAGUAAUUCACGUCUUUAUUUCGCCAAAGUCACACUAAAAUAAGAAGACAUGCGUGGCCUCAUGCUUGGAUAUCGUUUACUGAUUGUGUCAUAUGAACUCGAUGCUAUUCUGGGAGCCCGUAUCAAAGACUCUACGGCUUUUACCGAAUGGCCAUGAUCCUCACGCAGCCUUAUGCUAACUGCUGUGUCUUCAGCAAUUUGGAAUUCUUAAAACAAUCGUAAGCUGGAUAAGCGUCGCGUGAUGCUGAACCACUAGUUCCUGUCUGCCUCGUGUCUAGAAGUACAAGAGGCUUCACCAUGAUCUUGCAAUUCGUGAAAGAAAUAUCAGCUUUGCAUUUUUGAAAAACGUGGCUGGAAUCACAAUUACACUUGGCUCAGAGAACGAAGCUCAAGCUGCAGAAGAAAAACUUGUUAACACUCUGUAGGUCUCAAAUUUGCCACAAACAACAUUAUUGUUGAUGUCUUAUACGACUUUAUCUUUCAAAAGGGCGUUAAAAAGGUUUUUAACAUACUGUUUACUCGAGUUACAUCUCUGUACAAGAAAUGAGGAGUGAUAGCAGUACAGAUUUCCUGAUUUCGUCAAAGCAUCGCCCAAGCAGAAUCCUUUCCGGUCUCGAAAUUGUAUCGAAGGUGUCGAUAGAAACCGUUCGAAGGGUGUCUGGGAAGAACAAAUAUACCUAUAUUACGCCAACGUAGUCAGGAAGGAAACGAUGUAGGAGAAAGAGAAAAGUUUAUAUAAACAGUGUGAACUUUCCUUGAAUUGACCCUCGCUCAGCGACAAGUUAAUCGCAUUUGAGCCUUGCUAGUGUCUUCGGGGUAGCUUCGACACUACCACCGUAGCCAUUUACCGGAGUGAUGUGACAUAUUUAUUCAAAUAUACUGAAAAUAAAUACCAACAGUAUGCAAUAAGACAAUAAAUUGAUCACCUAGUACAGUAUGAAGAGCGUUCGAUAAGAAAAUUUCAUUGAAAUUUUGUCGCUCAAGUUCAGGUCAUAACAGUAAACCAAACCCUUCGGAAUGGGUCAAUAUUCUUUAGCAACCACAAGAAGCAAUAAAAUAAGCGGUUUACCUUUGUGGUCAAUCGAAGGUUCUUUAUCCAAAAGCACUAUUUAAUCGCCAAGCAACGUGGAUGAUGUUCUGACAUUCCCAAACCAUGGCCAAGCUCUUCAGCAAUGCAACCGAUUUGAGGUAGACAGUGAAAUCUGGUUUAUAAUACAGAUACUUUUCCCGUAUAGUGAAAUAUUCGGUCUACGAGACAAACCCAAGUAAUUCAUUAAGUACGCAAAUGGAAUGGUCACGACAUCUUUCGGCGACAAAAUCAGUACUGCUUUUUCUCGAAGUUGCUUAACAAUGUUAUGGCCCUCCAAUACUAAGAUCAAGAAUUUUUAAAGACUUUGAUCAGCAAAAAAAGACUGAAUACUUCUCGUUUAAGAUAAAGGCAUUUAAAAUCUAUUUUCGAAGCACAUUCCCACAUGUAAGUUGAUAAGGGUAGCGAUUCUUAUCUCUCAACAGUUAGAUGGCUUAAGUAGCCUACAUCUCAACCAAAUUGACAUUACAUGCCUGAUAUAGAUUUCCUUUUUCAAGGGAUACAAUGGCAGUUUUUGAUAAAAUCAGGUUUUUCUUGAGAGUUUUGUCCUUGAGAAAAUAUCAGACUUCUUAAAAAUAGGGCUAUAAAGCUUGCUAAUCACCACGUAAGUUUCUCAAGUCAGUCAGUCACUGAUAAAGGGCUGUCUGCUGUCUAGUCUCUUCAAGCUUGUGAAUUACUACCAGGAUUACAAUAGCAUGUGUUUUCACGAAGUCAAAUGUAAAACGUAAAUGCCGUCUGAUAUUAUUUUACAAUAAAAAUGGCUAAGACUGUUAACAUAUUGUUCAAGAAAUCAGCGACCACUCGUCUUGUUUCCAUAUCGCAAUGAUCAUUUUGUCUAAAAAUAGCUCAUCUGAACCGUUCGUGUGAACAAAGCAAGACAAAACAAAGCAUAAGAAAACCCCUCACGAAGCCUAAUAAAUCUCUGUCUUUUCUUAGCCUGCAUUCUUUUCUAUAGAAUCCUUUGCUAUCUUAUUCUUUGUGACGCGACCGAGCCAGGGGUAAUUUGAUUAAAAUCUCUGCCUACGGUGGGAAUCAGAAAAUAGCAGGCGGCAUUGUUAACACUCUUAUCUGUAAAUAGACUUAUAGCGUGAAAAUAAGCGACGGCACACGACAGCGAAAAGGGCGGCAUUCAACCUUUGACAUUUCCUAAAUAUAACCUCAAAGAUUGAUAACUCAAUUCUCUUUAAUGCCUUAACUCCGCUUCACAAACUUGAUACUUGUUGGGCUUUUAUUUUUCAAAAGCGAAGCGAAAAUACACUGCCUUGAGUGACCCAAAGUCAAAAGGCACUUUAACAUUGAUCUCGCAUUAAGAAAUCUUUAUUUGACCGGUAAAAAAUACAUAACUCUGCAGAAAGCACCGCUGAUCAAUUCGAUGAAAAUUCACCUUUAUCAACACAAAGAUUAUGGCGUGAUAAUCGCCGACUGCUCGAUAAGGGCUCACUGGAGUGUAACACUUAGUUCGCAUAAUUAUGCCCAAUCACUACCUCUUGAGAUCAUUUGAACCUUGAUAGGAACAGAAGCAACAGCUUACCGAUCAGAAGAAUACCUCUUUACCUCAGUUUCCGAUGACCACGAUGAGUGUUUCAUUUGUAGACAGCCUAUCAGCUGCACCGAUUUUGCUCUUUUGCUUUCUGGCUUGUUUCCUCCUGAAAAGAAAGUCAUUUCGGGAAAAUUCUUUUUCCAAGUUGCCUCCAGGACCUUGGGGCUUACCAGUGAUAGGUAAGGUUAUUUACCUUUUGAAAUAAUUUCAAUGUCUAUGGACCGGCUUUUGUCGCAAACUUUUCGUCACCUCAUGAGGCGCUCACAACGAUUCCAGCUCAAAAGUCACAAAAGUUGCUCCUUUCUUUACUUUUGUUGAGAAAUAAAUAAAUCAAAAACUAUCUGCUCUCGCAAGUGCUGUAUAAAUUCUUAAAAACAUGGAUGAGAUCAGAGUAACAAAAUGGCAUUGAUUGAUUUCAGCAUUGCUUUUAAUCAAUUUCAGUUAAAGGACUUAUUUGAAGUUUUGCAGUAGGGCUUAGUAAUGUCGGUAUAAGAGAGAGAACAUAUUGAGUUAUAUCAAUUAGGUUAAGGAGGAAAAAGUGGUGAAAGUGGAAAAAAGGGUGUAGGCAUUCGAAGUAAAUAAUUAAUUUGCUUCACAUAAAAACCAGUUUAUUAGAGUUAACUCUUUGAGGGAAACACUUCUUGUUCUCCAAAUUAACGAUAACUGCGUAACGAUUCAGUAAUUAUUGGAAUUAUACACUGUACCCACGCCUUGCAUGAUAGUAGCGCACGAACAAUGCAAGUAUUGCGUGUUCUCAGCCGAUCGCCGUGACGUGGCUUUGUUCUUGCUCCAGCUAAAGUCAUGACCACAAGAAAUAAUGUAUCUGGAUGCCUCGGCUAAAAUCGUCAUGAGUCAAUGUAUCUUUAAAGCGGUUUCUCUAAACUUCCUUGUAUUUAAACGAUCCAUUGUGAAAAUGUGUUGAAUGGGCAAAAUUAAACCUCAGCGUUCUCUACCUUUGUAAUGCUGAUUGGGGCUGUUGGAAGAGCGAAGAAAUCGUGUCAUGCGGUAAAGGAUAUCUAAUUCAUGAUCAAAAACGCCGUUUUGGGGCAGGUGAUAGGACUGGAUUUGACCCAGAGAAAGAUAAUAUACUUAUUUGAUAUUAACCUUCGGAGUUUUGCUUUGAGCUUUAGCUUGUUACGUUUCUAGGUAGCUUGUGAUGCACGGAUGGCGCUUUGAAAUCAGUCGAAAUAAAGUAAUCUUAUCUCAUUUUAAUAAUGAUAAAAAAGAAUAAAGUUUCUGAUCAUCUUUCACAGUAGGUGCCAGUGUUUGAGAAAAAAAAAAAGUGUUCGAUUUUUUUGUACCAGUGAGCUCAGAUCUGUUCUUCACUUGUGUAGGUACUCAGACCUAGAAACAUGGAAAGUUUGAGAACUGUUGUAUAACCCAAACGAAAUAAGCGGCUCAAAAUGCAAAGAAUUAAAAUUGAUGAAUGCGUUAAGACCACUUUUUUUUUUUAAAAAAACUGUACAAACUAUUCAAACCAUUGCUAAUGACAAUAUAUAAAAAGUGCGUGGUAUAACUGAAGGCGUUUAAUUUUGCUGCAAGAUUUCGGUGCAUACAAUUUGGUCCACCACCCUCACCAAGAGAACAAUGUUAGGUCUGACCAAGUUUUGAUUCAGCCGAGCAUAAAAGACACCGCGUUUAAGCCACAAAAUGUUUAAUACGAUCCAUUGACCUUCGUUUUAAAUGAAUCAAAACCUUUAAAACAAGUAUCAAUUGUCUAGGAAGCUAUUUAGUAUGCAUAUGCCAUGAUCAUGGCCUAAUGUAUGGGACUUCGUUGCGUGUCUUGAGCCUUAGCUAAGGAUGACUCAGCGAGGGAAUUUUUCUUUAGACCAUUUCCUUUUUUUAUUAAUUAUCGGAAAAUUCCUUGUAUUCGGUAUUGAUGUCAGGGAAGUAUAUCAUGUACAUGCCUGUUUUUGAAGGCUUUGUUAAGUACGUAAGGCGAGUUAAGAUGAGGGAGUAGAUAUCGUUUUCAAUCACAAAGCACCUUUCGGACGUCUAAAACAUUCUGAAAUAUCGUGGACUGGCUAGAUUGACAGGGUGUACCCUGCUUAGCGAAGAUAUCCACAGGGCUUAAUCGACAGACGAAAUUAAACUCUGUAUGCUCUCCAUUCCUCUUUUUUCACUGAAUUAAGUUAAAAGAUAGUACUUAAAAGAAAGAUAUUAGGUGCAUCUAAUGUUUGGAACGUCAGCUUGCAUUUAAAUGCCCCAUAGCCACACAGCGACAAUGUCGGAACUUGAGGCUUGCACGGGGGGGGGUUUUCGACGGAACGAAUUAUGAAGAUCCAGUAAAUACUUCCCUGUUCAGUUGCAACGGUGCAAAGGUUAACGAGAGGAGCAGCUAUUUUUGGCAUUUUUUUAAAAGAUCCGUGCAAGGAUCAAUGAAAUUAACAACCGCAAAAUUUCAUUUCCAUUUCGCACAGAAACGCUAGCCGACGUACGAAGCUGAUAACCUUUUUGGUCUCCUGUCUUACGCCCGUUCCCGAUACAGUAAGUUAUGCCUGACGGAAUACAUCCUGCAAAAUGCGUGACUCUUGCCAAGGAUACAUUUGCCUCGCUCGCUAAAAACCCCCGAGGGCUAAAUUAUACAUUUAACGAAACAUAAAGAAGUCAGUUGACCCGUUUCAAACGAUUACAGAUUUUUAAUUUGAUAUUAUCAAGUCGUCAUGUGCGCAGCUUCGCACUUCAUGUAAAACUAUUUCAUUCGUUAGAAAAGUCGGCUUAAGCAUAUCUCUGAAUACAUAAGGUAUCUCAGGGUCCUUCGGAAGUGUUCAGCACUGAAGAAAGAUAUCUGGAUGGCACAUUUUCAGUUCAGUGUCAGGUUUAGUCCUUCUUAUACGCGAAACACGUGACGGAAUGUUUAAGGAUAAGACGUAAUGCUAUAUGGUGUGUAGUUUCAGAAAUGUUCUAGAACGAUAAACGCUUAUGCAGGUCAUAACUAUUUGUUGACAACCUCGGAAACUUUGUGUGCAAGAUCGCAGAUGUUAGCCGUGAAAUUUUCGAUGCCACAAUGAGAAACAAGAUGAAAGUCAUGAAUGCGUUUUAGUCUCAAGAGAAAACAUCGUAGUACCAAUGAAGUCAAUUUUCAAUAUAUACAUGAUAUUGCUGACUGGUUGUACUUUUUUCGACAAGUUGUAUUUAUCCAAAUUUCGUCGAGGAAGCAAUAGUAAUGAUAUUAGGGAAAGAUAUGGACUUGGAGCUAAAGAUAAUUAACCUGCUUUGGACACUUUUUUGUUCAAUGCCACCUGUGAUUAAGGAAAAAUAAUUCCUCUAGUUAAUGAUAUUUUGGUUAAAAUCUUACUCGCUCAUGAUCACUAAGUGCCUUUGAUCUAUCAACAGGUGCGUGCUUUCGUGUGGGACGCAAUCCUCAUGUUGACUUCACAAGAAUGGCAGAUAAAUACGGAGACGUUUUCAGCCUAAUGCUCGGAAAUCGUUUAGUUGUGGUGCUCAACGGAUUAAACGUCAUUCAAGAGACAAUUAUCAAGCACCCGACAGUUUUUGCUGGCAGACCGCAACUGCACACCUUCAACCUUGCCAAUCCUCAUGGUAACAGUCUCACUGUGGGCGACUACACACCUAAUUGGCGGCUCAGUCGGAAGAUGAUGGUUGCAGCAGUUCACAACUUUGCAAAGAAUACAAGUACCUUGGAAAAGAAGCUUUUAAAGGAAUCCGAACGCCUGGUCUGCUGCUUAAAGCAACAGAAAGACAAAGCCUUUGAUGUCCGUAUCACUCUCAAGUUUGCCAUAGCUAACAUCAUUUUCAAUGCGCUGUUUGGAAUCAACCGUUCAUACGACGACCCAGACCUUCGACGUUUACUCGAGCUUGCCGACAACUACCGAGAGGCUGUGCAUGGCAGCAGCCACAUUGAUUUCAUGCCUUUUUUGAAGCAUCUUCCUAAUAGAGCACUCAAAAAGCUCGUUCUUGCAAUAAAAGAAGUCUCAUCUGCCACUAAGAAGAUGUUUUUAAAAAACAAAGAAACCUACACUAACGGCCGAGUUCGCAAUAUUGCUGAUGGUUUUAUAGAUGUCCUUGAGAAAGAAACGAUGAAAGAGAAAGAGAAUGGUCAGAACAACGAAGACACUCAAGUUGAAAUGGCUCCCCUGCUGAAUGAUGAACAGAUUGUUCACGUUUUGUCAGAGCUCUUCGGUGCAAGCUUGGACACCUCAUCCAUCACCAUUUACUGGGGCUUAGCAUACUUAAUCAAGCAUCCCGAGAUCCAAUCUCAGUUGCAAGAUGAGUUAGACAAUGCAAUUGGACGAGAUCGCCUUCCAACCCUUACAGACAUCCCGUCCCUUCCUCUGCUCCAAGCCACAGUCUACGAGCUUCUGAGGGUGACAAGUGUUGCGCCUCUGGCGAUUCCCCAUUCAACCACCACUGAAACAACCAUUCGCGACUUCACAAUCCCAAAAGACACAAUGGUUUUCGUUAACCUGUGGUCUCUACAUCGCGAUCCAGCAAUCUGGGAAGACCCGGAAGUUUUCAACCCACGACGUUUCCUCAAUGAUGCUGGAGAGCUGAUCGAUCCGAAGACAUUUGGAGGCUUCUUGCCCUUUUCAGGGGGUCGUCGAAGGUGUCCUGGAGAAAGCCUUGCUCUGAAAACCUUGCCUGUAUUACUUGCAUCAUUAAUACACAGCUUCCGUUUCUCGCAAGACGGUUUGCCUGCUGAAUAUCAAGGUAUUAAUGUUGAAGGGCAUUUCGGCCUCACCCUGAUGCCAGAGAAAUUUUAUACAUUAAUCGAGGAGCGCAACUGA